AUGAUGAGCCUUCGAUGGCAGCCAUUCAUUCCCUCGCCACAUCUGGUGGCCAGGAUGUGUGUUACGUGUAUUUGCUCUGUAAUUAUUGUUCUUCGGCCAGUCGCGUCUCUUGGAGGCCCGUAUCUCUUCCUGAUACUGACUGUCAAGGAACUGGUGUUCCCCCCUUCUACAAGUCCCUCUGCUCAGAUCGAAGCAUCAGUGGUCAAUAUGAGCGGAGCGUUGUUCGGACUUGGGUGGAGUAAUUUAGGUCUCGUAUGCGCCACAUAUGCUGCUCGUCGAUACGGGGUCGACUCGGAUGCGCCAAGGGUGAUCCGGGCAAUCUUUCUGCUUAUGCUAGGGUUAUUCACCGGGCUGGCUCGGAGCUGGUUGCCUCGAUUGACUUUUGCCUCGCGGGCGGCUGGACUAAUGAGCGCUUUUUUAUUAACGACGGAUUCGGACUCUACCAAGUGGCAAUAUACAAAUUUCACGCAGCUAUUAUUUGUGUGCGUGAUUGCUAGCACUUCGAGUCUUGUGGUCUCCUUUGGCGCGAGAAUAUUUGUUCCUGCUGGCGGAUAUGCCAAAGACUCUAUCAAUGCUCUCGGACUACUCAAAGAUCUUGUACAUCUGGCUACUACUCGGACGAUCGACCCUCCAAUCUCAGAGCUUACCAGACCGUCCUCCCCGACCCUAACCGUGACAAAUCAUCCUGUCCCAACUCAACCCGCACAGUCCAUCGAGGCUCUCCAACGAAAAUGUCUAGAGGCUUCUCUCGCAUUACAUACAUCCUACGCUUACUCGGCUUUCGAACUCCGCGUUGGUAGGGUACCCAUCAGUCUCAUUAAACCACUCUUGACCACUAUCGGUCGUGUAAGGGAAGAACUAGCCUGGGGGAUCGUUCACGCUACACAGUCCCAACCACAACAUGAGGACCAGCUCUCAAAGGAAGAGCUGGAAUUAUUGGCUACGCUCGAUGACCCAUCCAGAUCUUGCGCCGAUUCGAUCGAGGAUAGCAUUUCUGCUCUUCAAUGUGCUAUUGGCUUAUGUUAUGGUUUCCAUGUCCCUGGGUGUGUCUGUCUUUCAAAGAAACCGGACAGCAUAGAAUCGGGUGUAACAGGACAUGAAAAGAAAACCCAUCCAAAACCUCGUACCGGGCGGAGCGCCGAAUUGUCCAAGCUAUGCGUAUCGAAUAUCCAUGUCGAGAGAGCAAGACUCGCGGAUGUUCAAGUGGUGCUGAGGAAGCAGUUGGAUUCGGUUGUGAAGGAAAUGAACGAUGCACAUAUGUUCAAGGUCCAACGAAGUGGUUCAAAGUCUAGAGAGGGUUCCUACCCGCUCGAGUGUAGGAGAGACGAGUCAUCAUAA